CGGCCGUUGGGCCAAUAGUCAAAAUUAUUUCGACCAGUCUCAAAACACAGAAAUCGCAACAAAAACACGGACGUCGCGCUGCUCUCCCCAAAAUCCGCCGCCCGCCGUCGCUGAAACUAACAAAAAUAGCUGAGUUCUAGGUGGAACGUGCCAUUGAAGUCGAGGAAUCCAGAGAGUGAGACACAAGGCACCUUAUAUAAUCCGGCAGCGAAGGAGACAGGCCCUCAAAUCCCCACAAGAUGUUGCGAAUGCUGCAUAAUUCAUCCCUCAUAUGCGCCAGCCUGCAGCUGGGCGUGUUGAAGAACUCCACUCGCAGCCUGGGCUCAGUUUUGCCUGAUCUGAAACUGAAGGAUUUCCCCAUUGUUAAUGAACCGAUUCUGACCUAUCGCAAGGAUUCAACAGAGCGCAAGGACUUGGUGCAGGCUCUCAAGAAGACGGCCUCGGAAUGCGCAGAAAUUCCCAUUGUGAUCGGCGGCAAGGAGUACACAACAUCGGAGGUGCGUUAUCAGGUCAUGCCACACGAUCAUCAGCACAAGCUGGCCAGAUUCUACUAUGCGGAUAAGAAGCUUGUAGAGAAGGCCAUUAAGACUGCCGUAAAGACGCAGCCCAUGUGGGAUCAAGUGCCGCUUGCGGAUCGCUUGAAGAUUUGGGAGAGGGCGGCCGAUCUAAUGGCGACCACAUAUCGCCAGGAAUUGAAUGCGGCCACCAUGCUGGGUCAGUCUAAGACGGCUAUCCAAGCGGAAAUCGAUUCGGCAGCGGAGUUGAUUGACUUUAUAAGAAUGAAUGCCUACUUUCUGAAGGAAUGCGCCAAAUAUCAGCCCAUCAGCGAGAACAUUAAGGUCACAAAGAACUCCAUGCGAUAUCGUGGCAUUGACGGCUUCAUCGCCGCUGUCAGUCCAUUUAACUUUACGGCCAUCGGCGGCAACUUGUCCUACACGCCAGCUCUGAUGGGUAACGGUGUCCUGUGGAAGCCAUCGGACACGGCCAUGCUCUCCAACUGGGUUAUUUUUAAAAUUAUGCGCGAAGCGGGUGUGCCCGAUGGCGUCGUUAACUUUGUGCCUGCCGAUGGGCCCGUGUUCGGUGACACCAUUACCGCCAGCCCCCACCUGGCGGGCAUCAAUUUCACCGGCUCGGUGCCAACCUUCAAUCGACUGUGGAAGCAGGUGGGCAACAACAUUGACAACUACGUCAACUUUCCGCGCUUGAUUGGCGAGUGUGGCGGCAAGAACUUCCACUUUGUGCACAAGUCCGCCGACGUUGAGUCGGUGGUCACAUCAACGAUACGCUCGGCCUUUGAGUAUUGCGGGCAGAAGUGUUCCGCCUGCUCGCGCAUGUAUGUGCCGGAGUCGCUAUGGCCAAAGAUCAAGGCCGGCCUGCUGUCCGAGGCACAGAAGCUGAAAAUCGGCGACGUUCAAGACUUUAGCAGCUUCACAUCAGCUGUGAUCGAUGACAAAGCAUUUAAACGCAUUACCGGCUACAUUGAGCAUGCCAAAAAGUCACCGAAUCUGGAGAUAAUUGCCGGCGGCACCUACUCGGACAGCAAGGGCUACUUUGUGGAUCCCACGAUUGUGGUUAGCAAGGAUCCCAAGGACCGAAUCAUGACCGAGGAGAUCUUUGGCCCCGUGCUAACGAUCUAUGUGUACAAGGAGGCAGAUCUGUUUGACACCAUGAAGCUGGUGCACACCUCAACAAAGUUUGCUUUAACCGGAGCAGUAUUCGGCCAGGAUGAGGAAUGGGUUAAGUGCGCCCUCCAAGAGUUCAAAAUGGCCGCUGGCAACUUUUAUAUCAACGACAAGUCCACUGGAUCUGUGGUGGGCCAGCAGCCAUUCGGCGGCGGAAGGAUGUCCGGUACCAACGACAAGGCCGGUGGACCUCAUUAUAUACUCCGCUGGACAUCACCGCAGUCCAUCAAGGAGACGUUUGUGCCGCUGCGCGAUGUCAACUAUCCGUACAUGAGCGAAUAAGCUGCCGGAGGAGGGACAGUGGGAGAGGCAGUAUAGGGAGAAGAAGCUAAAAACCGACAGGAAUCUCAUAUAACUACUAACUACAUAUAUAACUAUAUAUAUAAAUGUAUUUUGUUGAACUAUUUUUAAACAAAAGCACCCCCCCCCCCAAUAAGCCCUCCUCACCGCGUAACACCUUCAACUAAGAAUCUCGGAAAUUACCAACCCACGAGAAAGCCUCGAAAUCGUUGUAAAUUGAUAUGCUGAUAUUAUCUCUCGAACCCACACACAACGCAACUCUGAAUACAUAUAGAAAACGAAUACUAUGUAAACUAUUAUUUACAUACAUUUAUACACAAAUGUGAUUAUUAUUAAUUAUAUGAUUUAUAAUUACAUGGCCCGUCUUUUGUUUUAAAGUCA